UGUCCCCUCAAAAUAAGUCCCCUUUUCCGGUUUCCGAGCAUGCUGUAACAGCUGUUUGGUGCACGCCUUUCUCUAUCUUCUGCAAUUCACUACGUUCUCCACGAAAAUAACUGAUCAUGAUUAAAGAGGGCGCUCAGGGGGCGGCGGCGGUGGCAGAGGAGGACCCUCAGGCCCAGUCAAAGAAAGCCCAGAAGAAACAGCAGAAGGAAGCAGAGAAAGCUGCAAAAAAGGCUGAGAAACAAGCCAAGCUGGCUGGUGAUCAGAAAACUGAAGAGGAAGAUGACUUUGCCAAGGACCGUUAUGGUGUGGCGGCAAUGGUCCAGUCCCAAGAGAAAAUGGACAGAUCUUUGGUGCUGGUCAAAGACCUUUCUCCUGCGAGGGCUGAUGAGUUGAUCUGGUUGCGUGCCCGGGUUCACACCAGCAGGGCCAAAGGGAAGCAGUGUUUUUUGGUGCUGCGCCAACAGCAGUUCAACGUGCAGGCACUGGUCGCAGUGGGAGAUCGUGCCAGCAAGCAGAUGGUCAAGUUUGCAGCAAACAUCAGCAAGGAGAGUAUUGUCGACGUGGAAGCAUCAGUGAGGAAAGUGGACCAGAAGAUCGAGAGCUGUUCCCAGCAGGAUGUGGAGCUUCACAUUGAGAGGAUUUUCGUCAUCAGCCAGGCUGAGGCCCGUCUCCCCCUCCAGUUGGAAGAUGCUGUUAGGCCUGAAGGAGAGGGGGAUGAGGAGGGCAGAGCUACUGUCAACCAGGACACCAGACUGGACAACAGAGUGAUUGAUCUCAGGACAACCACCAGCCAGGCGAUCUUUCGUCUGCAGUCAGGAGUGUGCCAACUUUUCAGAGAUACCCUCACUAAAAAGGGCUUUGUGGAGAUUCAGACACCUAAAAUCAUAUCAGCUGCCAGUGAGGGUGGAGCCAACGUCUUCACUGUGUCUUACUUUAAGACCAGUGCCUACCUGGCCCAGUCUCCCCAGCUGUAUAAACAGAUGUGCAUCUGUGCUGACUUUGACAAGGUCUUCUGUGUGGGUCCAGUCUUCAGAGCAGAGGACUCCAACACUCAUCGUCAUCUCACCGAGUUUGUGGGUCUGGAUAUUGAGAUGGCUUUCAAUUACCAUUACCAUGAGGUCAUUGACUCCAUCACUGACACCAUGGUCCAGAUCUUUAAAGGACUGAGAGACAACUUCCAGACUGAGAUCCAGACUGUAAACAAGCAGUUCCCUAGCGAGCCUUUCAAGUUUCUGGAGCCCACUCUGAGACUGGAGUACAAAGAGGGUUUGGCGAUGCUGCGUGAGGCCGGGGUGGAAAUGGGCGAUGAGGAAGACCUAAGCACGCCGAAUGAAAAACUACUCGGCCGCCUUGUCAAGGAAAAGUAUGAUACUGAUUUCUAUGUUCUGGACAAAUAUCCGCUGGCUGUGAGACCUUUCUACACCAUGCCUGAUCCCAACAACCCCAAAAAUUCCAACUCCUAUGACAUGUUCAUGCGUGGAGAGGAAAUCUUGUCCGGAGCUCAGAGAAUUCACGACGCUCAGCUGCUGACCGAACGGGCCACGUAUCACCAGAUUGAUCUGGAGAAGAUCAAGGCAUACAUUGAUUCCUUCCGCUUUGGUGCCCCCCCACAUGGCGGUGGAGGCAUUGGCCUGGAGAGAGUCUGCAUGCUGUACCUGGGGCUCCACAACGUGCGCCAGACCUCCAUGUUCCCCCGUGAUCCCAAACGGCUGACCCCUUGAAACUGUCAAGCCAACUUUUUAACACCAGAUUAUUAAGAACUCACAUAACGGUGAUGGGAAAUUACUAAUUCACAAUGUUGAUUUAAUGGGUUAGUGCCCCUCUUUAAGACACUAACGUGACACUGGGAUUAAGUUUUACUAUGAGAUUGGAGUCAGUGCAACAAGAGGGACAUUUAUUGAUCGUUGUGAACAGAUGUCUUAACAACAAACAACAGCUGAGAGAGAGGAGACGUGCACUCGAGUUAGAUUGGUAAAAUGCACUAGUCAACUGGUCAGGAUCUCUUCAUAAGAGAGAUAACUACCAGUAGUUACCAUACAGAAAUCCUAACUACCUCCAACUAACCAUUGUGGUCUCCUACAAUAUGCCUGUAACUCAACGAGUCUUUUUUUUUAAUCAAAAGAAAAAGAACAAAUCAUGGCGAAUAAAAAUAUUUUUCAAAGCAUAAA